AUGGCGGCACAAAACAUACAGCCUAUGCCUGCUUUUGAACCAAGGAGUGAUCCUACAAGUACAAGUGCGAGAUGGACACGAUGGCUGGAGAGAUUCAACACAUAUUUACUCGCAGCAGAUAUUAAAGACGAUGCGAGAAAGCGAGCUUUAUUAUUGUAUCAGGCGGGGCCCGAAGUACAUGAAAUUUUCAAGACUCUAGAAGAGGGCGAAACCAAAGAUUUUAAGUCAGCAGUGAAAGCGUUGACGGAGUAUUUUGAACCAGAGAAAAACGUGAUAUAUCGCACCUAUGUUUUUAGACAAGCGACGCAAGGCAAAGAGGAAUCAAUCGACGAAUUUCAUACGCGUUUACGAGGCUUGGCAAAAUAUUGCGAAUUUACAAACAUAGAUUUUGAAAUUAAGAUGCAGAUUGUAACGAACGGCACUUCUUCAAGAUUACGAAAGAAAGCACUACAAGACCCAAAAUAUAGUUUGGCAAACAUGUUAAUCGAUGGACGAAAAUACGAAACUAGUUCAGCGCAAGCCGUUGGGAUCGAAGAACAAUUCAAAACAAGGGAAAAUAUAAAUGCAACUAAUGCAAUGGCUAUGACAACGCCCACUGAGAAAAAGUGUUAUUACUGCGGUUUCAAGUAUCCACACGACAAUCAACCGUGCCCAGCGAAGUCUGCUAUUUGUAACCACUGCGGAAUAAAGGGACACUUCGCUAAAGUCUGUCGAACACGAGGAAAAUCUUUCGCAAGUAAGGGAACCCUUGAGAAAUUACAAACGCAAGGUUUUACCUCCCCAGACAAAAGGCGCCAAUCACGAUGGGACGAGAAUAAACAACGAAAACAACAAGCAAAGGCUGUCGGAAUAUCACAAAGCGAACCAAAUACUGAAAGCUCGGAAGAAGAGGAUUAUGUUUACACAGUAUCGCAAGAAACGAGGGAGAAAACACACGCGACCGUAAAAAUAAAUGGACAGGAC